CUCAACUCAACUGUAGGUGGCUGCAUUGCUUUGUAAUGCUAUAAUUUCAAAAUAUAUUAAAAAAAUAACACUAAAUACAAAUAGUUAGCAAAUGCGUUUUUCAAGUUAAGUGGGCUAUAAAAAAGCGUGAUUACAUUUUUUUUUUUUUUACAUUGUACUUAAAACGGCACCACAAUCGAAGGAGCUCCGGCUCUAGGACCCAGGUGCAGCAUCACCCCAACAGACACCGGUUGAUGAGAUGGUCCAGUCGGCAUUACACAUCUAAUUACACGACAAAGAGCGAAUGUUCGCUCCUGUCAGUAGUAGUCGGAGGUAAACUUACUAGACGGUGAAGGUGGACUACAAUAAAAAUAAAAGCGAGAGCAUUUUCCGCUGUCUUUGUCCGUUAACCCGCACCGUGGCAAGAAGACCCGUCGCUUGUCUCAUCGGCGACAACCAUGAGCCAGAGGUUCAUCGUCUCCAAGAGCGACGGCGACCGGCGCCCCUCAGACAUCCAGGGGGAGGUGAACCAACUGUUUGAGGGAGACGAGCCCCCGACCAGCAGCGAUGCGGAGGGGGAGGAUGCUGCCGGUACCGAGGUGGUGGUAGUGCUGAAAGGUGACAGUAACCCCAAGGAGAACAGCCCCUUCAUCAACAGCAGUGAUGCUGCCGAAGAGAAGACCCAGCAGUAUGACGGCAAGAACAUGGCCUUGUUUGAGGAGGAGAUGGACACCAGUCCUAUGGUGGCCUCUCUUCUCAGCAGCCUGGCCAACUACUCCAACCUGCCACAAGGUAGCAAGGAGCACGAGGAGGCCGAGAACAACGAGGCUGAGUCAUCGCGCAAGAAACCCGUCAAGGCCCCCGCGCUCGGCACUCUGAUCGGCGUCUACCUGCCGUGCAUCCAGAACAUCUUCGGAGUGAUCCUCUUCCUCAGGAUGACCUGGUUGGUGGGAAUCGGAGGUGUCAUUGGGACCUUCUUCAUAGUCUUCAUGUGCUGUACCACAACCAUGCUGACUGCCAUCUCGAUGAGUGCCAUCGCUACCAAUGGAGUAGUGCCAGCUGGAGGCUCCUACUACAUGAUAUCCCGUUCACUGGGCCCUGAGUUUGGGGGAGCAGUGGGGAUCUGUUUCUAUCUGGGGACAACCUUCGCUGGAGCGAUGUACAUCCUGGGGGCCAUUGAGCUCCUCCUGAUCUACAUAGCACCCAAAGCGGCCAUCUUUCCCCUGGAGGGCCUUGAGGGUGCUGAAGCAGAGGCUGCCCUGCUGAACAACAUGCGUGUGUACGGCACCAUCCUGUUGACCUCCAUGGCCACGGUGGUGUUUGUGGGCGUGAAGUACGUCAACAAACUGGCCCUGGUGUUUCUGGCCUGCGUCAUUCUCUCCAUCCUGGCCGUCUACGCCGGGGUCAUCAAGACCGGCAUCGACGCUCCCGAAUUCCCCGUAUGUAUCUUGGGCAACCGCACUUUGGUGUGGAAGUCCUUCGAUGUGUGUGCCAAGACCGUUGAGACAGCUAAUGGGACAGUCACCACCCAGCUGUGGCGCAUAUUCUGUGACUCACCUUUCCUCAACGCUACCUGCGACAAGUACUUUACAGCCAACAAUGUGACUCAGAUCCAGGGCAUCCCAGGGGUCACCAGUGGAAUCCUGGCAGACAAUCUGUUUGGGACCUACUAUGAGAAGGGGGAUCUGAUUGCCAAAAAGUUCACAGAGUCAGCGGAAGACCAGGAUGACCCUCUGACCAACGCCAACCGCUACGUGUUGGCCGACAUCACCAGCUUCUUUACAUUGCUGGUCGGCAUCUACUUCCCCUCUGUGACAGGUAUCAUGGCUGGCUCCAACCGCUCCGGAGACCUGCGUGAUGCCCAGAAGUCAAUCCCCGUUGGAACCAUUGCAGCUAUCUGCACCACCUCUUUCGUCUACAUGUCCAGUGUGGUUCUGUUUGGUGCCUGCAUCGAGGGUGUGGUCCUCAGGGACAAGUUUGGAGAGGGAGUCCACGGGAAUUUGGUGAUUGGCACGUUGGCUUGGCCAUCACCAUGGGUGAUCGUGAUUGGCUCCUUCUUCUCCACCUGCGGUGCAGGGCUGCAGAGUUUGACAGGAGCUCCUCGUCUCAUGCAGGCAAUCGCCAAGGACGGCAUCGUGCCCGCCCUUCGGAUAUUUGGCCAAGGAAAGGCCAACGGAGAACCCACAUGGUCCCUGCUGCUGACAGCUUGUAUCUGCGAGAUCGGCAUCCUCAUUGCUUCCCUGGAUGCGGUGGCUCCCAUCCUCUCCAUGUUUUUCCUGAUGUGCUACAUGUUUGUGAACUUGGCCUGUGCUCUGCAGACACUGCUAAGGACUCCAAACUGGAGGCCCCGCUUCAAGUUCUACCACUGGGCUUUGUCCUUCCUGGGGAUGAGCUUGUGUCUCACUCUGAUGUUCCUCUGCUCCUGGUACUACGCCAUUGUCGCCAUGGUUAUUGCCGGCUCGAUCUACAAGUAUAUAGAGUUUGCAGGUGCGGAGAAAGAGUGGGGUGAUGGGAUACGAGGUCUGUCUCUGAGCGCUGCACGUUACGCUCUCAUGCGGCUGGAGGAAGGUCCACCGCACACCAAGAACUGGAGGCCCCAGUUGCUGACGCUGGUUAGUACAGACGCAGAGCAAAAUGUGGAGCAGCCUCGUCUGCUCUCUCUGACCAACCAGCUGAAGGCAGGCAAAGGUCUGACCAUUGUUGGAACAGCUCUAGAGGGCACCUACCUGGAGAACAGCGAGCAGAGCCAGCGUGCAGAGAAGGCGCUGCGCAAACUGAUGGAGACUGAGAAGGUGAAGGGCUUCUGUCAAGUGACCGUGUCCUCGAACCUGCGUGAUGCCACCUCCCACCUCCUCCAGGCCAGUGGGCUAGGAGGCCUGAAACAUAACGCUGUGCUGGUAUCCUGGCCACGCAACUGGAGGCAGGGAGACGAGCACCAGACCUGGAGAAACUUUGUUGAGUUGGUCAGAGAAACCACCGCUGCUCACCUGGCUCUGCUUGUCCCAAAGAACAUCUCGGCCUUCCCGUCCAAUGGAGAGCGCUUCACUGAGGGUCACAUCGACGUGUGGUGGAUUGUCCAUGAUGGAGGCAUGCUGAUGCUGCUGCCCUUCCUUCUCCGCCAGCACAAGGUUUGGAGGAAGUGCAAGAUCCGCAUCUUCACUGUGGCCCAGUUGGACGACAACAGCAUCCAGAUGAAAAAAGACCUGACCACAUUCCUCUAUCAUCUCCGUAUUGAUGCCAUGGUGGAAGUUGUAGAAAUGCAUGACAGUGACAUCUCAGCCUACACUUACGAGAAGACCCUGGUGAUGGAACAACGGUCGCAGAUGCUUAAACAGAUCAACCUGAGCAAGAAUGAGCGUGAGAGAGAGAUCCAGAGUAUCACUGAUUCAUCCCGCGGGUCAAUCCGCCGUAAGAACCCGGCCGCCGUGACCACCCAGCUGAGCGUGACCGAGGACCCGCCAGCCGCCAGCAAGGAGGAGAAGCCUGAGGAAGAGGUCCAGCUCAUCCACGACAACACCACCCCAACCAGCCCCGCAACCCCAGCCACCCCGCUGACCCCCGCAGAGGAGGCCAAGAGCCCCGGGGAGCAGAUCCAGCUGACCUGGACUGAGAAGUGUGACGGUGAGCCGGCCAAACCGCCUGGCGCAGCCACACCGGAGGGCAUCAAAGACAUCUUCAACAUGAAGCCGAACCAGUCCAAUGUGCGGCGUAUGCACACAGCGCUUCGGCUGAAUGAAGUCAUCAUCAAAAAGUCCUCAGAGGCCAAGCUAGUCCUCCUCAACAUGCCCGGGCCACCCAAAAACAGGACAGGUGACGAAAACUACAUGGAGUUCCUCGAGGUCCUCACUGACGGUCUCAACCGGGUCCUCCUGGUCCGCGGAGGCGGCCGCGAGGUUAUCACCAUCUACUCCUGAAAGAGCAGCCCCCUCCCAUGCCCCUCCCUCAGCCCUGUCCCUGUGUCAACCUUACUCCCACGCUCUCAUCAACGCUGCUUCAUCAUUAUGUUUUCUAUCACCGCUUAUUUCUGUAAGAUAGUCCUCUCACACCCAACCAACAGCCCAGCUCAGCUUCAGCACCUCUCCUUCCGCUCCAUCCCCAGCAGACCGAUGAGCACUAUCACACGCUCAGCAACUAUAACUACUGUCAGCUCUAGACUCAUUUAGACGCUAUCUAGAUUUGUUCUUGAAGAGACUUCUUUUCCUCGCUAGUCUUCGAUCUACUGUAAUAACUGGCAUUGAGUCGGAGUCACUCUGCAAGGAGGAGGUGGUGGUGUUGGGUGUGGGUUGUUAAGCCGAGGUGUGAGCGUGCAUGCAUGUUUGUGUCUGUCUUUGUUUAAACCUUUGCAUUCCUUAUUGUUGGGUUCUUUUACUUUUUUUUUAUUAAUUUUUUUCAAAUAUAAGUGUGGCAUAACAGCAGCAGCUUCUGCUUGAAUAGGAGAACGAGAGCCUAACUGAAAUGAGCUCAACGUAGGAUUGUCUGUUUAGUUCCGUUGUGGUGAUCGCACACCUCCCACAGCGCUCCAGCCUGUUGUCUUCUAUGUGAUUUAUCUUUCAAGGCAAAAAGACACUGCUACCCACGGUCAGGACCACCAGCUGGAAGGAGAACAGAGUCCUUAAGUACGAACUGUGAAAUUCACAUUGGUUUUCGAAGAAGACUGAAAAGGCAUGUGGAUCAAACCUUCAGUAUUAUCUUUAACCUGAUAAUCCUUAGCAUGGCGUCCUUAUAACUGUGUGGGUGUUUCUACUCCACUUGUUGUGUUACCGCCAUCACUGUCUUUCUACCUGUCCUCCUUUCAAUUGAUUUCUUAGUGGCUGUUCAUCCCCUUGGCCACUGUUAGUGCCAAAAAAAAUACAACAAGGCUAGCUUAGUUUGUAGAGAUUGACACGUAAUUAAAACUGUGAAUAGUGCGUUUCCUACCAGAAGGCUGGUGUAACAAUGGGGACAGUACAAACACCCCGAGGAGAUUGUCAAUGCCAGCACCCCUCGACUCUCGUGUGGAUCACUGUAAAUAAUGUACAAGCUCUGACGCGUUGUUCAGUAUGAGUGUAGUAUUUUUGUGACAUACUAAAAAGCUUCUAGUGGAGAGAAAACAUUCCUUCGCUGAGAGGGACAGCUCAAAAACGCAGUUUUCAACGUUUAUUUAUCUAUUUAUUUAUUGGAUGGCAUAGGCUCCUGUCACUAUGGUAACCGUCAUUGUAACCUCAACAAGCACUGCACCUGCACUGUCCGCCACUGUGCAACAAAGUGAAACUUUGAUGAAUUCAUCAAAUUCAUUAAAUUAAAAAAAACAAAACACUAAAUGUUAUUUUUUCAUCUAGAGAACAAAUAUGUAUUUAUGUUUAUAGACAAAACUUACACAUAUUAAUGAAAUAGUUGUAUGUCAUUUUGAUUGUCACUCAAAGAUAUAUUGUUGUUUUUGCCUAAUUUAGAUUACAUUAAAUGUGCCAUAUCAAAGUAUUUUUCAAAGAGAAAUAGUGAACAAAAAUUCUAUUGAAUUAGAGGGAACAAAGUGUGCUACAUAAAAGAAGGAAAACUGAGGUGUCUACAUGAAACUAGUACGGUAACGAUGACACCGUAGUUGGAAAGUCGCCCUAUAAAUGAUAAAAGAAUAGAUGUUCGGAAGCUCAGAUUAGAAGCCGGUAUAUCAGCUGUUACAGAAUUGAGACUUUGAACAUCUAUCGAUUGAUUAUUUAAAGGGUCAAGUCUAAAUAAAUGGAGAGGACAAUGGCUUCUGUAGCUAGGAAACUCACAUUGUCCACAAGACUGAACUCUAUGCAGUAGACUCUCCAGUGAGAUUUUAUAUCCUCUAGAUUGGUUAAGAUUUGAGCCUGACUGAAUGACUGGUAAGCAAAUCAUAUUUAGGUUCAAAAAGUGCAUCUUGGAAGGAAUGUGCAAUAGUUGAAAUCUGGACUCAUGCGAUCAUCUUAUUUAUUUUUUUACACAUAUAUUUUGUAUAUGUAGAUUUCGUAAGUCUUUAAAA